GCCUUGUUAUUUUACUGGGCAUUGUGGAGGGAGACACAGCCAAGCUGGCGCAGAGACUUGCUGCCAAAGUUCUGAAGCUACGUCUUUGGCCAGACCUAAGGGAUGCCGCGAAGAGCUGGGCUUCCUCAGUUGUUGACAACAAUUAUGGGGUCCUGGUUGUGAGCCAGUUCACCCUCUUCGCAACAUUCAAAGGCACGAAGCCCAACUUCAAUCGUGCGAUGGGAGCCAGCGAGGCAGAGCCCAUUUAUGAAGCCUUUGUCGAAACCUGCCAGCAGGAGAUUGGCGAGGAUCGCGUGCAGACCGGUGAGUUUGGCGCCGACAUGCAGGUGGACCUCUGCAAUGAUGGUCCUGUGACUGUGGAGCUCGUGGGCCGCAUAUUGGUCGAGCUCUUCUUGCCUUCAGCACUGCAAGGUCCAGGAGCAAGGGUCACUUCGGAGCGUCCAGUAGAAGCCUCUCCAUACUGGGCCAAUGCAGGUGUUCGUGGUUUCCCUCAGCAGAUGGAUGGCCAUUGGGUUGCUGACGUGCGCUGCCCGGUACUUCUGGUGAAGUUCGUGGCUUUUGUGCCGCUAGUGCGGCCUUCCGCCUUUCAGCGUCAACCACGAUCAGAGAUCCUCGUGCGAGCGGUUCCUGGUAGCGAGCCGAUCGGUGAACCUCUGACACUCACUCCGGAGAAUGUUGAGGUCGUCCUUCAGGAGGCCCGGUACCAUCACCUGCAGAAUUGUUUCGGCUACGUGGUAGAGAGCUCGGGUGCUGGCAUCACGGGAAAGGUUGACCUGGUGGAGGUGGAGGGCCCGAUGGUAUUCAUCCACCUCCAUGGUGCCUUCUGGCACAACCGUGAGGAUGUCCUCAAACGCGUGAGGAAGUACCUCAUGCAGCGCAUCCCGGAGAUUGCUGAAGUUGACGUGGAGGAUCCUGAUGAUCUGAUAGAUGAAG